AUGUCCUCUGAACUCUCUUCUAACUCACAUCUUUUCCAGCCCAUCCAAGUGGGCAAUGUACAGCUCGCUCACAGGGUUAUUAUGGCCCCCAUGACCCGUUUCAGAGCCAAAGGGAAUUACAUCCCGUCUGAUCUCACUGUUGAGUACUACGCACAGCGAGCGAGCGUCCCCGGCACGCUCCUCGUCACCGAGGGGACCUAUAUUGCCGAAAGGGCGGGCGGGUACGGCCCUACCGUGCCUGGCAUCUGGAAUGCGGAGCAGAUCAAUGCGUGGAAGAAGGUGACUGCCGCGGUGCAUGCCAAGGGCUCCUACAUAUUCUGCCAGCUCUGGGCACUGGGCCGGGGUGCAUACCCCUCCCUCCUCGAGCAGCUCGGCCUGCCCUACGUCGCGCCCUCCGCCAUCGCGCAUCCCGAUCAGACCCGCGCUCCUCGAGCUCUCAGUGUGGAGGAGAUUGGCGAGUACACCGCGCUGUACGCACAGGCAGCGAGGAACGCGGUAGCAGCGGGCUUCGACGGCGUCGAGGUCCACGGCGCGAACGGCUACCUCGUCGACCAGUUUCUGCAGGACGUGACCAACCAGCGGACGGACGAGUACGGCGGCAGCGCGGAGAACCGGUCCCGCUUCGCCAUCGAGGCCCUGGCGGCCAUCACGCAGGCCAUCGGGGAAACGAAGGCCGCGAUCAGGCUGAGUCCCUGGGAGCUCUCCAAUGGCAUGGGCAUGGCCGACCCCAUCCCGACCUUCACGCACCUCGUAUCGCGCAUCAAGGCGCUCUUUCCCGCGCUCGCCUACCUGCACGUCACCGAGCCGCGCGUGCUCGGGCCCGCCGACCGCGCAGCCGUGCCCGCGGGCCAGUCGACCGACUUUGUGCACGCGGCGUGGCAGCCGAAGCUGCUGGUCGUCGCGGGCGGGUUCGAUAGGGCGCUGGCGCUGCAGGCGGCAGCGCGGGGGAACGUGCUCGUAGCGUUUACGCGGUACUUUGUGGCGAAUCCGGAUUUGCCGAGGCGGUUGAGGGAUGGCUUGGUGUUCAACAAAUAUAACCGGGACACGUUCUACACACCCGGCGCGAAAGGUUAUAUUGACUAUCCUUUCGCGGAAGCUGAAGGUGCGGUGAUGGGUGCGUGA